GGGUCUCUUCCGCCGCCUGGCGGUGACCCCCGGCGCGCGCCUCGGCGCGUCGGCGCCCGUCGCUUGGUGCCAGGUGCGCGCGCCUCCCGAUCUUUCAAAACACUCGCACCGAUGACGCGCCAGCCAUCCAACUCAAAACGCCCCUUCACGCCGUGUCCAGCAGCCGUCCGCACCAUCGCGGUCGAGGCCCUCAAGCCCCUCGACAGCUUCGAGCGUCGCCACAACUCCGCGACGAAGAAGGAGGAGGCCGAGAUGGCCAAGUACGUCGGCUUCGACUCCAUGGACGCGCUCGUGGACGCGACCGUUCCAUCCGACAUUCGCCGCGCCGGAUCGAUGGACAUGGGCAAGUGGACGCAGCCGCUCUCCGAGUCCGAGUUCCUGUCCACGUUCAAGUCCAUGGCGUCCAAGAACAAGGUGUUCAAGUCCUACCAGGGCACCGGCUACUACGGCACCCAUGUGCCCACCGUCAUCCUCCGCAACGUCCUCGAGAACCCCGGCUGGUACACCCAGUACACCCCGUACCAGGCGGAAAUCGCGCAGGGCCGACUCGAGUCGCUCCUGAACUACCAGACGAUGAUCAGCGACCUCACCGCGCUGCCCAUGGCCAACGCCUCGCUUCUCGACGAGGGCACCGCGGCGGCGGAGGCCAUGACGAUGUGCUCCGCGGUGAACCGCGGCAAGAAGCCCAAGUUUCUCAUCUCCGACAAGUGCCACCCGCAGACAAUCGAGGUGUGCCGCACCCGCGCCGACGGCCUCGGGCUCACCGUCGUGGUCGGCGACGAGAACUCUUUCGAUUACUCGGGUAACGACGUGUGCGGCGUGCUCCUCCAGUACCCCGCCACGGACGGCGCCGUCAUCGACUACUCCCCCGUGGUCAAGUCCGCGCACGCGGCGGGCGCGAAGGUUGUCGCCGCCGCCGACCUCCUCGCUCUCACCUCGCUCGUGCCGCCCGGCGAGUGGGGCGCCGACAUCUGCAUCGGCUCCGCGCAGCGCUUCGGCGUCCCCAUGGGCUUCGGCGGACCCCACGCGGGCUACCUCGCCACCUCGCACGACUACAAGAGGCUCAUGCCGGGGCGCAUCAUCGGCGUCUCCAUCGACGCCACCGGCGCCCCCGCGCUUCGCAUGGCGAUGCAAACGCGCGAGCAGCACAUCCGCCGCGAUAAGGCGACGUCCAACAUCUGCACCGCGCAGGCGCUCCUGGCGAACAUGGCGGGUCUCUACGCCGUCUACCACGGCCCCAAGGGCUUGAAGGCGAUCGCCGAUAAGACCCACGGACUCGCGUCCAUCUUCGCGGAGGGCGCGGGGAAGAUGGGCUUCGCCAAGCCGGCCGCGCCGUUUUUUGACACGGUGGCUCUCGGGUGCCCCUCCGGCGCGGACAAGGCGGUGGCGGACUGCCAGAAGGCGGGCAUAAACAUCCGCAAGAUCGACGCCAACACUGUGAGCCUCUCCUUCGACGAGACGACCACCAUGGGAGACGUCGACGCCCUCUUCGCCGCUCUCAACGGGGGCUCCGCUCCGGCGUUCACCGCCGAGGCACUCGCGCCGUCGGUCAACGCCAGCGACUUUCUCGCGCGUAAGUCCCGGUUCCUCACCCACCCGGUGUUCAACGCGUACCACUCGGAGCACGAGAUGCUCCGCUACCUCGCGCGUCUCGAGGCGAAGGACCUCUCCCUGGUUCACUCCAUGAUCGCGCUCGGCUCGUGCACCAUGAAGCUCAACUCCACCACCGAGAUGAUCCCCAUCACCUGGCCGGAGCUCGCCAACAUGCACCCCUUCGCGCCCAAGGAGCAGACCGCGGGCUACCGCGAGAUGUUCCAGGAGCUCGAGAAGCAGCUGUGCGAGAUCACCGCGUUCGACGCCAUGUCCCUCCAGCCCAACUCGGGCGCCUCCGGCGAGUACGCCGGUCUCAUGGCCAUCCGCGCCUACCACCAGUCUCGCGGCGAUCACCAUCGCGACGUGUGCAUCAUCCCGGUGUCCGCGCACGGCACCAACCCGGCGUCCGCCGCGAUGGUCGGGUACAAGAUCGUCGUCGUCGGCACCGACGCCCAGGGCAACAUCAACAUCCCCGAGCUCAAGGCGGCGGCGGAGAAGCACUCGGCGAACCUCGCGGCUCUGAUGGUCACCUACCCGUCCACGCACGGCGUGUACGAGGACGGCAUCAAGGACGUCUGCGAUACCAUCCACAAGCACGGCGGCCAGGUGUACAUGGACGGCGCGAACAUGAACGCGCAGGUGGGACUGACCGCGCCGGGUAUCAUCGGCGCGGACGUCUGCCACCUCAACCUCCACAAGACGUUUUGCAUCCCGCACGGCGGCGGCGGGCCCGGGAUGGGACCCAUCGGCGUGAAGAAGCACCUCGCGCCGUUCAUGCCGGACCACCCCUCCGCUGAGCUCGACGGCGCCACCCCGGCGGGCGGCGAGACCCCGUUCGGCGUCGUCUCCGCGGCGCCCUACGGCUCCGCGCUGAUCCUCCCCAUCUCCUUCGCGUACAUCAGCAUGAUGGGAAGCGAGGGUCUGACCAACGCGUCCAAGCGCGCCAUUCUCAACGCCAACUACAUGAAGAAGAGGCUCGAGGACCACUUCCCCAUCCUCUUCACCGGCAAGAACGGCACGUGCGCGCACGAGUUCAUCAUCGACCUCAGGCCCAUGACGGACAAGACCGGCAUCGGCCCCGAGGACGUCGCCAAGCGCCUGCAGGAUUACGGCUAUCACGCGCCCACCAUGUCGUGGCCCGUGUCUGGCACUCUCAUGAUUGAGCCCACCGAGUCCGAGUCCAAGCAGGAGCUGGACCGCUUCUGCAACGCCAUGAUCGCCAUCCGCGAGGAGAUUCGCGACAUCGAGAACGGCGCCAUCGACAAGGAGAACAACCCCCUCAAGCACGCGCCUCACACCGCCGCCGUCGUCCUGUCCGACAAGUGGGACAGGCCGUACAGCAGGGAGACGGCUGCGUUCCCGGCUGAGUGGGUCAGGCAGUCCAAGUUCUGGCCCACCACCUCGCGCAUCGACAACGUGUACGGAGACCGUAACCUGGUCACCACCCACGCGCAGGUGGAGGUGGCGGCGGAGGAGACCGCGUAGGUUGUUCGUCGCUGAGACGACGACGAGGGGGAAGGGGAGACUGGGGCGACGUUGACGACUUAGGCAGUUUCGCUUGCAAGUGUUGUGAAAGGAACAUUUUUUUGGACACCGC